AUGGAUGAUAUUCAGAGCUUCACUCCACUUGGUGCACGCCCCAAGCGCACGGCACGUCGACCCCUCCGUUAUGAAGAUUAUGAAACCGAUUUUCCUGAUACUGAAGUGCACAACCCACAUGGAGGGACACUGUCACCACUAGGCAACGCUGCCUACUCUCCCCUACCCCAUAUGCAUUAUGAGGAGUUCCCACAAGAUGAUAUGUACCCUACAAGAGCAGAUAUGGAGGAGCUGCAAGGGGAGAGAUAUUUUGCCCAGCAGGCACAUGAGAGGAUGAGAGCGGGACUGGCUGACGUCCAGGCCAUUCAUACGAGUAUGCAGCAACUGCUAAACCGGGCUGAGAAUCUGCAGCUCACCACCCCACCUCACCAACCACCCUAUACUGUUAUUGAUGAAGAGGAGGACUGGCCUCCACCCCCCCUUGGUUGGCUGAGUUUAAAGAAGAACCUGUCUCUAACCCGAAUCCCCUCAUGA